AUGGACACCGGCCUCUCAUCCUGCCACGUCGCAGUCCUCUCGUCAAGUCACGUCGUCCCGAAUUUUCAGCAGCUGGCUGGGUUUUCACGAGCCGUUAGAUUAGAGACGGUUCGAGAUCCCUCCCGUCAUCUCUCACGCCGCACUACAGCAGUCAGCAGGCCCGCCGAUGUUCCUCCUCCCGUUCCCCUACGUCCGUAUCGCACCACCGCCUCCCCCGCCGUUUGCGUCUGUCUCCGCCAGUCCGCCGCCGCGGCUCCGGCGCCUCUCUCCACCGGGCCGGACCCUUUCUCAGUUUCUCGCGCGCUGCGAGCGCACCCGUUCCCUUCAGCUGAUCCAAUUACCAAAGCUGGAGCUUCAAGGGCAUCCUGGAAGCACUCCCCUACGGCUACCAGUAUCUCCUUAUCCGCGUCAGGCGUCAUGGUCGUCCCACCAGACCUGCCAAUGCUGACCACGGCUCAGGUAGAUGACGCGCGACACGUCGUCGCAGAAGGCAAGGAAGAGCAGGACUGGCUCCACCCCCGCAAGGAGAAGCAGCGGCCCGCAGCGCACGUCGACUUCGCCUGCACUCCGCCCAACGAGCUGUCUCGAGAGGUGUGGGGACCUCAGGAAGACUGGAGGCACGAUGGCUCUCCCCUGCAGGCUGCCGCAUCAUCGAGGGAAGUAUCCACGCCCUCACCGAAGCUCUACUCGUCCUCGGCAGGGGGCUCUCUUCAGCAGCAGAGGCAGCUGCGAACGUGCUAG